GCCGCCCGGCUUUCCCGACCCCCCCCCACACACUCCCCAUCGGUUUUCCGGCGCCCGGCCUGAGGCUGGCCGCGAACAUCCCGUCGCGAUCGCGCGGUUCACACUGGCUUCGGAGCGCACCUGGCUCAUCUUGCUGUCCUUUGGUCCUCUGCACCCUUAUCAUGGCGGCCAUUCUUCUGAGAACCAGACCCCAGAGGCCAGUAUCUUUUGAAGAUGUUGCCGUGUACUUCACGAAGACAGAAUGGAAGCUUCUGGGCCUCAGACAGAAGAUCCUGUACAAGCAGGUGAUGCUAGAAAACUACAGCCACUUGGUGUCACUGGGAUUGUCACUUUCCAAGCCUCCUCUGGUGUCUCGGCUGGAGCAAGGAGAGGGAUGCUGGGUGGCAGACAGCCCCAGGAGUGACCCCACGGGGGUUCACGGAGGUGACAGGAUAAAGAGCAAGGCAUCCAUUUCGAAGCCAAAACACUCGAGAAAAGACCUCCUGGGAACCGAGCUUCAGGAAGGCAGUGAGUGUCACUUAGCAAGGCCACAGGAGAAAACUCUGGAACAUAAACAGAAACAUGCUCAUUCUCUGCAGACGGGUUCCAGCAGAAGUGAUCCUCCCAGGGAGAAAGGCCAGGGCAGCUCUGUGAGUGACAGAAACUCGAAGCUCAUUCAACAACCCAGAUGUCCUGCAGGAGAGACAGGGCAGAGGUGUCACCGCAGCUCUAGGUCAAAGUCAACUCAAAGACAGCAGUAUUGCCGAGGUGGGGACAGACGGUGCGUGUGUGAGCAGUGUGGGAAAUCCUUCAGCCGGAGCUCCAACCUGAUUAAGCACCGCAUAAUUCACAGCAGUGAGAAGCCCUAUGAGUGUGCUGAGUGUGGGAAACUCUUCAGGCGCAGCUUCGCCCUCCUGGAGCACCAGCGCAUCCACAGCGGCGAGAAGCCCCACAAAUGUAGCACGUGCGGGAAGACCUUUACAAGGAGCUCCAACCUCAUCAAACACCAAAUUGUUCACAGUGGCGAGAAGCCCUACGCAUGCCCUGAGUGUGGGAAACUCUUCAGGCGCAGCUUCGCUCUCCUGGAGCACCAGCGCAUCCACAGCGGUGAGCGGCCCUAUGAGUGCAGCGAGUGUGGGAAAACCUUCAGCCGGAGCUCCAAUCUCACCGAGCACCAGCGCAUCCACAGUGGCGAGAAGCCCUACGAGUGCAGCCAGUGCAGGAAAGCCUUCAAGGGUGUGUCACAGCUGAUCCACCACCAGCGCGUCCACAGCGGCGAACGGCCCUUCGAAUGCCAGGAGUGCGGGAAGGCCUUCCGGGGGCGCUCGGGGCUCAGCCAGCACCGCCAGAUCCACAGCGGCGAGCGGCCCUACAAGUGCAGCGAGUGCGGGAAGGCCUUCGGCCGGCGGGCAAACCUUUUCAAGCAUCAGGUAGUCCACAGCGGAGAGAGGCCUUUUAGAUGUCAAGACUGCGGGAAGGUUUUCCAGCGGAACUUCGUCCUCCUGGAGCACCAGCGCAUCCACAGCGGCGAGAGGCCCUACAAGUGCGGUGAGUGUGGUAAGGCCUUCAAGGGGAAGUCGCAGCUCAGCCACCAUCGGAAAACUCAUGGUGGAAGGAAGCCCUUGGAGGGCAGGCCCAGCGGGGAGCCUUGCCCUGAAAGCAGUACACAUCAGAAAGCCUCGGAACACAAGGCUGCACCAAGCCCCAAGGCACAGUCGGAGAUGUAGUCCAUGAUCGUGUCCUCUCCUAAUAAGUCCACCCUCAGUCCUCGGGGUGCUGGUUUCAAAAGUAGGGGUCUCCCACCCCUUCCCCUUCUGCUGUUAAUGAUGCAAGGGGAGCUGACAGCAGUCUUUGGGGGUAUGCACAUGUGCUGUGGACAUGGGUGGACACACAUGCUCACAGGUGUGUGAAAUGAAUGUGUGAGCUGAUGUUAGAUGUAUAGUUUGAGUUGCUGGUGGUGGCUUGUCCCACGAGCAUCUGAAUUGUGUCCCUUGGGUAGGGAGGGAUCUCUGUGAAACAGUUCCCCCAGGGAUCCAGUUCCUUUGAGUUUAGAGGGGAUCGGUCCAUUCCCUCUCGUGUUCACUUCACCCCAAGAGUUAGUUUUUUCAGGUAGAAGAUGCUACAAGCACUUUGAUCUUUUUAAAGCUUAUCAAUGGAGGGGACUUCAGGAGGAAAUUUGCAGUAGCCUUCUCAAAAAAUAAGGCUUGGCUCAGACAUCACCUGAAAUUAAUCAGGAAAUGAUCCGACUGUGGACUUUGGCAAAUAAAGCCCAUGAAUUUCAACUGCCUGCCUUUCCCAACGUGCAGAGAGUGGCAUCCCCUGCCCGAGCCUGCUGCUGCCUGGGACCGUGCAUGAUGCCAGCUUCUCACAAAUGUGGGGUGGGAUGGGGGGGUUGAGAUGGUGCCG